GUCCCAAUGCUGUUCUAACGCUUUAUAUCCGAGGAGGACUGCAGAUAGAGCGUGUUUUUAUCGUCUCCUGGCGGUCCCCGGUUCCCGGAUGAAGUCACGGUCAUCGCGACACACGCACGUAACGAUUGAUUGGAGCUGCUGGAGAUCAAGUAGGUCAGCUGGUCACGCCGUACCCGGUGACGUCAUGACGCUCGGCCCACACAAUGAUAAGACUAUCCUCCUGAGACCCAGCAGCGCACACGGUGGAACAGGAUGAGCACGAGGCUGAAGGAUGAAGGUCACAUGAGAGCCAUGGCCAGGUUUAAAAACAAAAGGAUGGAAAACUCCAAGCCGGAGUCUGAGAGGGACUCGGGCUUCUCAGACGGCGGCUCGGUGGAUCAGACGGACACAGACGAUGUGUCACGGUCGUCCUCACGAUCGUCGCAGCUGACCGCAGUGGUUGGUGGAGCUCUGCAGGGCCUCUCGCCAAUGAUCUUCAUGAACAAUGUGGUUCUAAAGCAGUCUGGUGAAAACCCUUCGUCUUUGAAGCCCUGGGCCUUCAGUCCGGCGGUGGAAGUGGUUCCGCAGCCUCAGGUGGUCUUCCUUCAACCCGUCGUCCCGCAAAAAUCCACCUCGGUGCCAAAGGGACCCCUGUCUAAACGCCGUCGGCACAGAAAGUACCUCCCCAUCCUCAAAUCCUACCCCAAAAUCGCUCCUCAUCCUGGAGAUGCGGCUCAUAAGAGCAGCAGCAGCAGCUCCGCUGGUAGUUCCAGCUCCUCUUCAUCAGUCAAGAGCUCGUCUUCCUCUUGCGGUCAGAAAGACUCGUCUGCCAGCGUGCAAUCACCCAGCGCUCUUCCUGCAUCCGUCGAGUCACAUGCGACCGAACGCAGACCCGAAUCCGCAGACGGCUCCCUGCAGACGCUGGCAUUUAAUGCACAAUCCAUUGAUACGGACAACAAGAUAAAGCGCUUCUGCAACACUUACAACAUCCUCAGCAAGUCAGGCUUGCUGGACAUCACGCUGCGCACAAAAGAGUUGAUCCGGCAGAACCGGCGGACGCAGACGGAGCUGGAUCGCCUGCGCGAACACACCAACCUGUUCAUGGAAGCGCUGCAGACGGGAGACUCGGCGACCUGGAGCAAGCUGCAGACGAGCAUGCAAGAGGAGGACAAAGGGAAAGACAGGACGCUGCGAGACGAAGAGAAACGGAAGUGAGACAUUUAUAUGUGAGGCAUUUAAUAAACAUGCAACUUCUGACUAUAUCUUAAGGUCAAAACAAUGCCAGAGUUGUGCGGCGUUGUUCAGACUAUAUGUGACCCUGGAGAGCAAAACCAGUCAUAAAGGGGUGAUUUUUUUUUUUAAAUCUGAAAACUGAAUAAAUCAUCUCUCCAUUGA